UUUUGGCUUCCUCCUCUCGGCUCUUUAAGCCCAGGCGGCAUUGCUGCAGUCUCUGUCUCCCAGGGCCCUGCGGGUGCUCUGGAGGUCCACAGGGAAGACGCCGGACACCUGGAGGCCAGGAGAUGGGUCUCACUAUGUAGGCCAGGCCAGCCUGACACCUGAAAUCUUCCUGCCUCAGCUUCCUGAGUGCUGCCAUUACAGAUGUUCACCACUAUCUACAGGUUCCAUUACUCUUUUCAGUUAUGAAGACUGCUCUGAACAUUGUCUCAGAACUGUUGACAUUCAGGGAUGUGGCUGUUGAUUUCUCUCAAGAGGAGUGGGAAUGCCUAGAACCUGCUCAGCAGAAUUUAUAUAGUGACGUGAUGUUAGAGAACUACAGGAACCUGGUGUCCCUGGGUCUUGCUGUCUUUAAGCCGAACCUGGUUACCUUUUUGGAACAGAGAAAAGAACCUUGGAACUUGCUGCGACAAGAGACAGGAACCAUAUGCCCAGUUAUAUCGUCCCAUAACAGCCGAGACUUUUCAUCAGAGCAUAAUAUAACAUGUUCAUUUCAAAAACUAAUAAAUGGAAGACAUGGAAAUUGUGGCCUUGACAAUUUUCACCCAAGCAAGGCAUGGGAAAGUGGGGAUGAGAGUGAAGGUCAGGAAGCUUUGUAUGGUGGACAUCACCAGUGUGUGACAACUAAUAGCAAGAACUUCACUGUCAACAGAGAUCAAGAACAUGAACCGUCUCAGGAAAAAUCUCGAUUCAUGCCAGUUACUUUUCAAGAGCCAUCUGUUUCUAUAAGUAAACAUCCACAGCAAUUUUUGAAACAUGCCUUUCUCCUGAAAGGAAAUUUGGAAAAUAUGGAAAGGGGUCUAGCCCAUGCUUCAGUUAAUGACUUGAACAAUUUCAAGUGUAGCACUUGGUUAAACAUUAACUCAGGCAUUUCUUUAGAGAAGAUAUUUCAAAAUGAAGAACAAGUGUCUAAAUGUGACCAAUUUGAGAGUUCCUUUACACAAAGUUCUUCAUUCUGUAAUCAAGCAAUUCCUUCUUGUGACAAAGCAUACAAUUUUAAUGGGAAGCUCUCUUCUUACCCAUUAUUGCUGAAUCAAAAAUCAGAUACAAAUAUUUGGAAAGUACACGACAUAAGUAAUGAAACUAGGCAGAUAUUUAACCAGGGCUGUGUAAUAAAGAAUUACCAGGAUAUUUAUAUUGGUGAUAAAAUUUAUGAAUGCAAUGAACAUCAUAAAAACUUCAACCUUGGCUUGGAUCCUAAUAAUCAUCAGUGUGUUUGUUUUCCAAAGAACCUUUACAGAGGUAAAAAAUAUGAAAAAGUCUUGAAUCAGUGCUCAAGACUUGUUAUCCAUCAAAGUCCUCGUAUUCAAGGCAAGCCUUACAAAUGUAAAGAAUGUGGCAAAGUCUUUGUGAAGUGUUCAAAUCUUAGACAACAUCAGAGAAUUCAUACUGGAGAGAAACCGUACAAAUGUAAUGAAUGUGGCUUAUCUUUUACUCAACGCUCAAACCUUGUUCAGCAUCAGAGAGUUCAUACUGGAGAGAAACCCUACAAAUGUAAUGAAUGUGGCCUAUCCUUUAAUCAAAGCUCGAACCUUGUUCAGCAUCACAGAGUUCAUACUGGAGAGAAACCCUACAAAUGUAAUGAAUGUGGUAAAGCCUUUAAGAGUUGCUCACACCUUACUGUACACCAGAGAAUUCAUACUGGAGAGAAACCAUACAAAUGUAAAGAAUGUGGCAAAGCCUUUAUUGAUUGUUCAACCUUUGCCUACCACCAGCUAAUUCAUACUGGAGAAAAACCUUUCAAAUGUAAAGAAUGUGGCAGGGCCUUUACCAAGUGUUCAAAUCUCAGACAACAUCAGAGAGUUCAUACUGGAGAGAAGCCCUAUAAGUGUAAAGAAUGUGGCAAAACCUUUACUACGUGUUCAAGCCUUAGGCAACAUCACAUAAUUCAUACUGGAGAGAAACCCUACAAAUGUACAGAAUGUGGCAAAGCUUUUAACAAAUGUUCAAGCCUUAGAAAACAUCACAGAAUCCAUACUCAAGGCAAGCCUUACAAAUGUAAAGAAUGUGGCAAAGUCUUUAUGAAGUGUUCAAAUCUUAGACAACAUCAGAGAGUUCAUACUGGAGAGAAAUCCUACAGAUGUAAGGAAUGUGGUCUAUCGUUUAAUCAGAGCUCAAACCUUGUUCAGCAUGGGAGAGUUCAUGCUGGAGAGAAACCCUACAAAUGUAAAGAAUGUGAUAAAGCCUUUAACAGUUGCUCACACCUUACUGUACACCAGAGAAUUCAUACUGGAGAGAAACCAUACAAAUGUAAAGAAUGUGGCAAAGCCUUUACUAAGUGUUCAAAUCUCAGACAACAUCAGAGAGUUCAUACUGGAGAGAAACCCUACAAAUGUAAUGAAUGUGGGCUAUCCUUUACGCAACGCUCUAACCUUGUUCAGCAUCAAAGAGUUCAUACUGGAGAGAAACCCUACAAAUGCAAAGAAUGUGGGCUAUCCUUUAAUCAAAGCUCAAACCUUGUUCAGCAUCGGAGACUUCAUACUGGAGAGAAACCCUACAAAUGUAAAGAAUGUGGUAAAGCCUUUAAUAGUUGCUCACACCUUACUGUACAUCAGAGAAUUCAUACUGGAGAGAAACCCUACAAAUGUAAAGAAUGUGGCAAAGCUUUUACUAAGUGUACAAAUCUCAGACAACAUCAGAGAGUUCAUACUGGAGAGAAACCAUACAAAUGUAAUGAAUGUAACAAAGCCUUUAUUGAUUGUUCAACCUUUGCUUACCACCAGCGAAUUCAUACUGGAGAAAAACCCUUCAAAUGUAAAGAAUGUGGCAAGGCCUUUACCAAGUGUUCAACUCUCAGACAACAUCAGAGAAUUCAUACUGGAGAAAAACCCUAUAAGUGUAAAGAAUGUGGCAAAGCUUUUACUAAGUGUUCAAGCCUUACUCAUCAUCAGAGAAUUCAUUCUGGAGAGAAACCCUUUGAAUGUAAAGAAUGUGGCAGGGCCUUUACCAAGUGUUCAAAUCUUAGACAACAUCAGAGAGUUCAUACUGGAGAGAAGCCCUUCAAAUGUAAAGAAUGUGGCAAAACCUUUACUACCUGUUCAAGCCUUAGACAACAUCACAUAAUUCAUACUGGAGAGAAACCCUACAAAUGUACAGAAUGUGGCCAAGCUUUUAAUCAAAUUUCAAAUCUUACUCAGCACCAGAAAAUUCAUACUGGUGAGAAACCCUACAAAUGUAAAGAAUGUGGUAAAGCUUUCAACAAAUGUUCAAGCCUUAGACAACAUCACAGAAUUCAUACUGGGGAGAAACCCUAUAAAUGUAAAGAAUGUGGCAAAGCCUUUAUUCAGAUUUCAAACCUCACUCAACACCAGAGAAUUCAUACUGGAGAGAAGCCCUACACAUGCAAAGAAUGUGGCAAAGCCUUUACCAAGUGUUCAAGCCUUAGACAACAUAGCAGAGUUCAUACUGGAGAGAAGCCGUACACAUGUAAAGACUGUGGUAAAGCCUUUAACCGUUGUUCACACCUUACCGUACACCAGCGAAUUCAUACUGGAGAGAAACCUUUCAAAUGUAAAGAGUGUGGCAAAGCCUUUACUAGGCAUUCAAGCCUUCGACAUCAUUACAGAAUUCAUACUGGAGAGAAAUCCUACAAAUGUAGGUUGUAACAAAGCUUUUAAUUAAAACUCAAACCUUACUCUAGAGAACUGAGACACCCUAUAAACGCAAAGAGUGUGGUAAAACCUUUAACCAAUUACCUAAUACUAGAGAAUUCAUAGUGGAGAGAAAUUAAAAAUGUAAAGAAU